AUGACCAAUCAUACUCAACGGAAACUCAAUAGCAAGUAUUUGUUGGCCGAGAAAGACCGAUGGGCGCAUGAUCCGUACCAACGAUACUUUGCAGUGAAAGCGAACGAGCCAUUACCUGCUGGAUGGCGUAUAUCGUUGGACAAUAAGAACUCUCGUUUCAGCCACGAAUAUAUCCCACUUGCUACCAAAACCGCAUCGCACCCAAAAGACGCGGUACCUGAAUGCACAUCGCAUUUUAGUUACACCACGCCUAAUGAAACGCCUCAUGAAUUGCCAAGUAAAUCGCCAUUGAUAUUGUGCAAAGGGACUUUGAAAUGCAACGACACUUACCCCACAUAUCCAUCGCCAGAUGACUCUGAGAUCGUCACUGAGCUACUUCCGAAACCCAUUCAUGUGAGUUCACUGAGUCAUACCACCACAAAACCGGAUCUUGGCGAAAUUAGUCGUUCACAUACGAAAUAUGUUGGCCACUCGGAGCCAAACCUUGCAAUUCUCAAUCAGGGCAAGCAAAAAAGCACAGCCAAGUUCCCUCGGUUGUUCACAGGCACUUGA